AUGACAACGAUGGGAGAGGAGGAGGAGGACCCGGAACGACUCGGAGUGGGGAUCGAGGAGGAGCAGGACCGAGGAGGAGCGGGGGAGGACCCGGACCGACUCGGAGUGGGGAUCGGGGAGAGGAGGAGAAGCGCUCGUUCGACGUCCUCUGGGGAUUCGUCCGAGCUCUCAAGUAAGAUCAGGAACAUAUUGAAGCCGCAGAGCCUCGGGGGGUCGUCCUUCUCGGUCAUCAAGGCGGAUAAGUUCGCGAUGGAGAGACAAGGGGGGAAGACGGCGAAGACUCCGAUGCACAAGCUCAUGAGGCAGGCGUUUGCGGAUCCGGAGGUCGAGUCGCUGUUUCAGCUCUACUAUCGCAGGCAGAAGAGAUUCGACAUGCAAGUGUUUCUGUUUGCGGGGAUCUCGUUCGGGCUGUACGUGAUCUUCCUCAUAUGCAUGUCGAUUCGAGACGCGAGGGAAGAAGCGACGGCCGUGGCGGUGACGCCCGCGGCCAGGGACUUUCCCAUUCUGAUCCGAGGAGCGGGACCCCCUCACACGACGAGUGAGAAUUCCCACCCGGGGACCCCGCUGGGCCUCAGCGUCGCCUACGUCGUCUUCUACGUCGUCGUCUGGACCCUGAGCGCCUGCGGCGCCCUCAACGAGACCAUCUGGCGCUUCCUCCCCUGGUGCGUCCUGGCGACCCUGCUCGUCCAGGUGACCGUCGGGGUGUGCAUGGCCGGACUCCCCGCCUCUCCCUCCGCCUUCAUCCCCUGGUCCCUCGUCUUCCCUUUCCUCGUGAUCGUCACUUUGCCGAUUCGGUUGAGGCUAGCCAUCGCGGCGAGCGUGGUCACCGGGGUCUUCGCGCUCGUCCUCAUCGCCCUGCUGCCCUUUGCCAAGCAUCUGCCGUUUCAGUGCCAGCGCUGA